CGUGAGUUCCGCGCGUGCGCAGUGCCGCGAUUAGGCGGUUACCAUGGAGUCGGAAGGGGCCUACGAGCCGGGCUUCGUGGGGAUCCGUUUCUGCCAGGAAUGCAACAACAUGUUGUAUCCCAAGGAAGACAAGGAGAACAGAAUCCUUCUGUAUGCGUGCCGGAACUGUGACUACCAGCAGGAAGCUGACAACAGCUGCAUCUACGUCAACAAGAUCACACACGAAGUCGACGAACUGACCCAGAUCAUCGCCGACGUUUCCCAGGACCCAACUUUGCCCCGAACGGAGGACCAUCCCUGUCAGAAGUGCGGCCACAAGGAAGCAGUAUUUUUCCAGUCUCACAGUGCGAGGGCAGAGGAUGCCAUGCGACUGUAUUACGUCUGCACAGCCCCACACUGUGGGCACCGUUGGACUGAGUAAAGAGCUUGGUGGUGGCAAGCCGCCCAUCAGCAAAGCCCCA